AUGGCGUCUUUCAGUCAUUUCAACACUCCCAUCAAAUAUGGAUCAGACGUCCGAGUUACCGUGAAAUACGAAGGGAUGCGGCGAGGUCACGUGGAAAUAUCAGCUGAGAUCAAAUCCAUUCACGAGUCCCCAAACUGCUCGACAACACUGAAUGUAACCACCGGUAAUGGCACAAUUAUUCUUCACGAAGUCUUUGAAAAAGAGCAGAGAGCGAGAGAUGAAUUCAGUGUCAGACUCCAAAUCCAGUCCAAAAACGACAAAGCAGAGAGAAAGAAACUACUUCUUAGCAAAAAAGUUCAUGAAAUCCAGCUGGAAAGGCAUAUGCACCAGUCACUUGGAACCACACUUGAUAAUGAUUUAAUCAUUACUAGUAUCAAGAACGGUUCGCUAUGCGACGGAAAAAUGGAAGUCGGAGACCAGAUCAUUCGAGUCAAUGACUACCCGUGUGAAGACUCGAUUGAUGUGUCCACAGCACUUGCUCUCGUGAAGAAUAAUUUUACGAUCACAGUUGCUCGGAUGGAUGAAGAUACGCAAGAGAGGAUUCGAAGAUUGGCCGAUGAGAAGAAAAAGGAGAAACAGGACGAGAAUAAGAUGCCUCCACUGACCAUAUUACCAAGAAGAGGUCCAGUCCCAAGCACUAAUCCAAAGACCCACGAGACCAUUGAUGUGUUGGUAGAACUGAAUUACAAUCAAGAUAUUGGAGUCAAUCUACAGAAAAUGUGUAGUGCAAUUGUUGUGAAGGAAAUUGCAAAAGGCGGCGGAGCGAUGAAUAGACUCAAAAUUGGUGAUGAACUUAAGAUGGUAAAUAAUGUGGAGAUAAGGACAGAAGACGAAGUGUAUCUUGCAUGUAAGCGGAGUGGGCCGGUGAUUAAAUUCACAGUAUCCCGUGACAUACGAACCGCCCAAAAAGAAGAUGAGAAGCAGAAAGAGAAAUCUCUGGAAAACAUCAGGAAACCGGAAUCUAGUCACCAUAUUAAUCAGAAUCCAAGAAAAUCUGUGAUCGCAGGACCAGGGAGAGCCACAAACACAUCCGCAGACCAACCCACGAUACCCGAUGUGAACCAAGAUAUUACCGGUGAAGAUCAGAUUGGAUCUAAAAAUGCUUCGACUGUUAAUACGACGGCAGCACUCAUUUUGAACCAGGAUUUACCAAUGGCAAGCAGUUCCACUUCUUCCACAUCAUCAGCAGAAUCCCAAUCUAUUCAGAAGGAAAUUCUAAAUUCCAGGAACGCGGCGAUCGAGAAUACAGUGAAUACAGACGAUUUAUCACGAUUAACUGUUGAAACUGAGACAAGCGAAGACAAGGACACACAAGAUCUGAACUGGUUUUUCUCUCCCUUGCAAAAUGAUAUUCCACUGGUUAAGCCAGUUUCUCUUACUGGGAAACCAAAAGCAUCUGAUGUCUCUGGGACUAGAAAAGGAAGAAAAAGAAGUCACAGCUCCAAAAAAUCGUGCACAAUGCACAUUGAUUCUGGAAGUUCUGCAGCCAAUGAAACUCCAUCGGUCAUUGCUAACGAAGAAUCUCUUCUGAAGUUAUGUUUCUAUAAUGUCAACAGAACAAAAGUCUCAAAAAAAAAUUUGGAAGCAGUUAUUAGAAAUAAAGGCGUGGAAGGGGAAAUUCGUUUUGAGGAACCAAAAAGAUUGCCACUGAAAGGUAACAAAUUCUCAAUCAACUUCUCGAUUCAACAAAAAUACGAAUCGACAUUGGAUCUGAAAAACAAUUGGCAGACAAUAUUCUCUAUAAAAGCAUUCGAGACCGACGACCCCUUCAUCUGGAGAUCGAUGAGUGAGUUGGAUUUCGUCGACACAUUGCUGUUCACAACACUAUCGACGAUCAGAGGAGCUAUCAAGUUGCCUGAAAAUAUAGAUGACCUUCGUAUUGACGGCGCUAGGAAACAUAUCAUUCAGACACGAUCGGGAAAUGAUGUGAUUUUCAAGCUGAAAUCUGUAAGAUCCUUUCGAAAACAUAACGAAGAAUAG